AUGUCGUUCUGCAGCUUCUUCGGGGGCGAGGUUUUCCAGAACCACUUUGAGCCUGGCAUCUACGUGUGUGCCCAAUGUGGCUAUGAGCUGUUUUCCAGCCGCUCAAAGUACGCACACUCAUCCCCGUGGCCGGCCUUCACCGAGACCAUCCAUGCUGACAGUGUGGCCAAGCGUCCAGAGCACAGUCAGCCUGGAGCCUUAAAGGUGUCCUGUGGCAGGUGUGGCAAUGGGCUGGGCCAUGAGUUCCUGAACGAUGGUCCCAAGCGUGGACAGUCCCGCUUCUGAAUAUUCAGCAGCUCACUGAAGUUCAUCCCUAAAGGCAAAGAAACUUCUGCCUCCCAGGGACAGUAG